CCCACCCCAUUUCCGGCGGAAGCGGCCACAACAAGGGAAACUUUAUUGUUCCCGUUGGGGCGGUGAGGAUGUCGGUGAAUUAUGCGGCUGGGCUGUCGCCGUACGCAGACAAGGGCAAGUGCGGUCUCCCCGAGGUGUUUGACCCCCCUGAGGAAUUGGAGCAGAAGGUAUGGGAGCUGGCACAGCUGGUCUGGCAGUCCUCCAACGUGGUGUUCCACACAGGCGCGGGCAUCAGCACCGCUUCAGGCAUCCCCGACUUCAGGGGUCCCCAUGGCGUCUGGACAAUGGAGGAGCGAGGCCUGGCCCCCAAGUUCGACACCACCUUCGAUAACGCGAGGCCCACGAAGACCCACAUGGCACUGGUGCAGCUGGAGCGCGUGGGCCUCCUCCGCUUCCUGGUCAGCCAGAACGUGGAUGGGCUGCAUGUGCGAUCCGGCUUCCCCAGGGACAAGCUGGCAGAGCUUCAUGGAAACAUGUUCGUAGAAGAAUGUGUCAAGUGUAAGACGCAAUACGUCCGGGACACCGUGGUGGGGAGCAUGGGCCUGAAGGCUACUGGCCGCCUCUGCACCGUGGCCAAGUCAAGGGGGCUACGGGCCUGCAGGGGGGAGCUGAGAGACACCAUCCUAGACUGGGAGGAUGCCCUGCCUGACCGAGACCUCACCCUCGCUGACGAGGCCAGCAGGAACGCCGACCUGUCCAUCACGCUGGGCACCUCCCUGCAAAUCCGGCCCAGCGGGAACCUGCCGCUCGCCACCAAACGCCGGGGGGGCCGGCUGGUCAUUGUCAACCUUCAGCCCACCAAGCACGACCGCCAUGCAGACCUGCGUAUCCACGGCUACGUAGAUGAGGUCAUGACCCGGCUCAUGAAGCACCUGGGCCUGGAGAUCCCGGCCUGGGACGGCCCCCGUGUCCUAGAGAGGGCGCUGCCACCACUGCCCCGCCCACCCGCCCCCAAGCUGGAGCCCAAGGAGGAGGCUCCCGCCCAGUUCAACUGCCCAGCACCAGCCAGCACCAAGCAGGAGCCCAAAACAGAGCCCUGCGCCCAGCACAACGGCUCCGGGCCCACCAGCCCCAAAAGGGAGCAGCUGGACAGUCCUUCCCCCCACAAGCCCCCCAAAAGAGCGAAGGCGGAGGUGAUUCCCAGCUGACCCCCGGGGCCUGGGGAGGGCGGGGCUUUUUUGUAGAAACCAUGGAAUCUUUUUUUUUUUUUUAACCUACUGUCUCACUUUAUUACUCGUCUCUGCCCUUGUGGGGAGACCUCAGGGCUCUGAGAGCUGGGCUCCAGGCCCCCGUUACACCUCCCUUAGCUUGGGGCCUCCGGAGGGGGCCUGGCAAGGGGCAUCCCUGCCCUGGGCCUAACCUUGGAGCUGACACUCCUGACACCUGCUCCACCCUCAGGCCCCAGCCCUGACUCAGGAUGUUUUUGGGAGGUGUGGCCAGGCCCUCUCUGGUUUCCAGCCUAAACAGGAAUUGGCCCCCUCUGCCCUCUGGACCCUCACACUCCCCAUCUCUUGCCUACCCCAGAAUCGCCUCACAGUCCCUCCAGGAGGGAAGGGAGGCAGAGUCACCAUUUAGGAGCCAAACAUCAUGCCAGGACAGGCAAUAGAGGCUUGCACUGCCUUUGGGGCUGGAGGGAGAAAGAGAUGAGGCCACCUGGCUUCCUCCAGGCUUCCAGAAAAGCCUUUAAUGCAAUAAAAAGCAAUGUUUCUUGCA